AUGUCUGGACUCAAGGCCGGUGACAGCUUUCCCGCUGACGUUGUCUUCUCCUAUAUCCCCUGGACCGAGGAGAAGGGUGAGAUCCAAGCUUGCGGUAUACCCAUUAACUACAACGCUUCCAAGGAGUGGGCCGACAAGAAGGUCAUUCUCUUCGCCCUCCCCGGUGCUUUCACUCCCGUCUGCUCUGCUCGCCACGUCCCCGAGUACGUUGAGCGUCUCCCAGAGAUCCGCGAGAAGGGUGUCGACGUCGUUGCUGUGCUCGCCUACAACGAUGCCUACGUCAUGAGCGCCUGGGGCAAGGCUAACAAUGUAAAGGGUGAUGACAUUCUCUUCCUUUCUGACCCCGAGGCCAAGUUCUCCAAGAGCAUCGGCUGGGCCGACGAGGAGGGUCGCACCAAGCGUUAUGCCAUCGUCCUUGACCACGGCAAGGUCACCUACGCUGCUCUUGAGCCCGCCAAGAACCACCUUGAGUUCUCGAGCGCCGAGACCGUCAUCAAGAACCUGUAA